ACAGGUUAUCCUUAGGAAAAUGUUAUAAUAACAGUGCGCAGCAUAUUCAUUUAUAUCAAAUAAUAAUUAGACUUUCCCUUUCGCUAAUCCCAGGAGUUUUUUCCCAUCUUGGCCGAGUAUAAAACCUUGGAACCUUCACUAAUGGGUCGCAUCUUGAUGAAUUCAUCCGGUAGAAUUUCCUGCUUUAAUGCUAUUGAUCACUUUUUCUGAGCUUUUCUACCAAAGGCUGAUUGUGGAGGCAUCUGAAUAGCUGGUCUUUAUUGCAGUGUUUCCAAACAGCUCCCCUGCAUUUAUACAGAAUAUGUAUUUUAUUUUCAUCUUUGUUUGCCAUCUCAGCUUGUUACUAGUGCUGUCAUGGUAUCAGGGCGGCGUGGGUGAAGCUUUAUUAGAAGGGUGCCGGCUGCUUACUGAAGAUGUGAUUGGUUACUCGCUGGCGGGAGAUAUCACACUAGGGGGGCUCUUUUCAGUUCACAUGAAUGUAAGUUACCCUGUGGUUAACUUUAGGGAAAGGCCUCAGCCAAUCCAGUGCAGCAGAUUCCAUCUCAGAUAUUACCGCUUCUUCCUUGCGAUGGUAUACACUAUAAUGGAGAUUAAUGCCUCUGAUGAUCUUCUGCCCAAUAUAACACUGGGCUAUAAACUCUAUGAUUCUUGUUACAAUGAGGUUCGAUCAUUAAUGGGAGCUCAAUGGAUUUUGUCAGGGAAGGAAAAAGUUGUGCCCAAUUUUGACUGCAACAAAGAUAUCAUGCCAUUGGCUAUUAUUGGGGAUUUGCCCUCCAAGGCCUCAAUACCUUUAGCCAGGAUCAUGGGACUGAACAGAUACCCACAGGUUAGUUAUGGUUCACUUCACCCUUCACUAAGUGAUAAAAUACAAUUCCCGUCCUUCCUCAGAACCAUCCAUAAUGCCAACUAUGAGGUUUUUGCGCUUGCUCAGUUGUUGAAGUACUUUAACUGGACCUGGGUGGGUAUCAUAUCCUCAGACAAUGACUUGGGAAGAUCAGGGGCUCAGUUGGUGAGUCGAGAGAUUGAGAAUAAUGGUGGCUGUAUUGCAUUUAAUGAGAUACUUCCCAUAGUCAACUUUAUGGAGUCCGUCUUCCGUAUUAUUGAUGUCAUCCAGAAAUCCAGAGCAAAAGUGAUCAUUGUGUUUUGCACUGUAGAAAGCUUCAUCCCAUUCAUUGAAGAAGCAUCAUUACACAAUAUCACUGACAAAGUGUGGCUGGGCACUGCCAGUUGGACCAUAUCAUCUGACUUCCCUAGAAAAGAUUUUCUAACAACCUUAAAUGGAAGUCUUGGAAUAGCAGCUCAGCAUGGGAAUAUUCCAGGAUUUAGGGAGUUUCUUUAUAGUCUUCACCCUUCCGUUUCUUUGGACAAUCUUUUUGUAAAGACAUUUUGGGAGAAUGCAUUUCGAUGCGUUUGGCCAGAAAAUGGCACCUACAAUAAUUCAUCUCCGGCACCACAUAGGGAAGAUAUUGUUUGGUGCACAGGGAAGGAGAGAGUGGACAGUAUUGAUCCCAAUAUAUUUGAUGUUUCCAACUUCAGAUUCACACACAAAGUGUAUACUGCAGUCCUCUCAGUAGCACAUGCUUUGCACCAGAUGAACAACUGUGUUCCAGGGAAAGGGCCCUUUAAGAAUGGAUCUUGUGCUGAUAUUUAUAAUCAUCAACCCUGGCAGGUACAGUAUAUCUACCCACUAACAGUCACAACUGCAUGAGGCUACUGAUAUCUAUUUGAUUGGACAGAACUAAUAAA